GAAGCGUCGCAAAGCAGAAAGAAGGCGGGAGUCCGGCUUGCAAACACUGGGGACACCCGGGCUGUAGAGGCCGCUAUGGCGAGUGUUCCGUGGGCCGAGAUUCGUGAGAAAUUCCAGGCCGCGCUAGCCCUGUCGCGGGUGGAAUUGCAUAAAAACCCCGAGAAAGAACCCUAUAAGUCCAAAUACGGCGCCCGAGCACUGCUGGAAGAGGUCAAGGCGCUGCUGGGCCCCGCGCCCGAGGACGAGGAUGAGCGGCCUCAGGCGGAGGACUGCCUGGGCGCGGGGGACCACGCCCUGGCGCUGCCGGCCGAAGUGCUGGAGGCCGAGGGGCCCGUCGCCCAGGGGGCCGUGAGGCUGGCGGUGAUCGAGUUCCACCUGGGGGUGAACCACAUCGACACCGAGGAGCUGUCGGCGGGGGAGGAGCACCUGGUGAAGUGCCUGAGGCUGCUGCGCAAGUACCGGCUGUCGCAGGACUGCGUCUCCCUCUACAUCCAGGCGCAGAAUAACCUGGGUAUCUUGUGGUCUGAAAGAGAAGAAAUUGAAACUGCACAAGCUUACCUAGAAUCGUCAGAAGCACUAUAUAAGCAGUAUAUGAAAGAGAUUGGGAGUCCUCCUCUUGAUCCUACUGAGCAUUUUCUUCCUGAAGAAGAGAAACUUGCUGAACAGGAGAGAUCAAAAAGAUUUGAGAAGGUUUAUACUCAUAACCUCUAUUACCUGGCUCAAGUCUACCAGCAUAUGGAAAUGUUUGAGAAGGCUGCUCAUUAUUGUCACAGUACCCUAAAACGCCAGCUUGAACACAAUGCCUACCAUCCUAUAGAGUGGGCUAUUAAUGCUGCCACCUUGUCACAAUUUUACAUCAAUAAGCUAUGUUUUAUGGAGGCCAGGCACUGUUUAUCUGCUGCUAAUGUCAUUUUUGGUCAAACUGGAAAGGUCUCAACAACAGAAGACACUACUGAAGCUGAAGGUGAUGUGCCAGAGCUUUAUCAUCAAAGAAAAGGAGAAAUAGCAAGAUGCUGGAUCAAAUAUUGUUUGACUCUCCUACAGAAUGCCCAGCUUUCCAUGCAGGACAACAUAGGAGAGCUUGAUCUUGAUAAACAAUCUGAGCUGAGAGCUUUACGGAAAAAAGAACUAGAUGAGGAGGAAAGUGUGAGGAAAAAAGCUGUACAGUUUGGAACCGGUGAGCUGUGUGAUGCCAUCUCUGCGGUGGAGGAGAAAGUGAGCUAUCUGAGACCUUUAGACUUUGAAGAAGCCAGAGAACUUUUCUUACUGGGUCAACACUAUGUCUUUGAGGCAAAAGAGUUCUUUCAGAUUGAUGGUUAUGUCACUGACCAUAUUGAAGUUGUCCAAGACCACAGUGCUCUGUUUAAGGUGCUUGCAUUCUUUGAAACUGAUAUGGAGAGACGGUGCAAGAUGCAUAAACGUAGAAUAGCCAUGCUAGAGCCCCUCAUUGUGGACCUGAAUCCACAGUAUUACCUGUUGGUCAACAGACAGAUUCAGUUUGAGAUUGCACAUGCUUACUAUGAUAUGAUGGAUUUGAAGGUUGCCAUUGCUGACAAGCUGAGAGACCCUGAUUCACACAUUGUAAAAAAAAUAAAUAAUCUCAAUAAGUCAGCAUUGAAGUACUACCAGCUCUUCUUAGACUCCCUGAGAGACCCGAAUAAAGUAUUUCCUGAGCAUAUAGGGGAAGAUGUUCUUCGUCCUGCCAUGUUAGCUAAGUUUCGAGUUGCCCGUCUCUAUGGCAAAAUCAUCACUGCAGAUCCCAAGAAAGAGCUAGAAAAUUUGGCAACAUCGUUGGAACAUUACAAAUUUAUUGUUGAUUACUGUGAAAAGCACCCUGAGGCUGCCCAGGAAAUAGAAGUUGAGUUAGAGCUUAGUAAAGAGAUGGUGAGUCUUCUUCCAACAAAAAUGGAGAGAUUCCGAACUAAGAUGGCCUUGACUUAAUAAUCCUUGUUUUUAAUGAAAGAAAAUGUGCAAUAUUGAAGAGAGUUUCCCCCUGAGUCAAACAGGCCCAAUUCCAUUGUGAUGUUUACCUUUAUAGCCAGAUGAGUGCAGUUUGAACUUGACGUAACAGACUGGUUGAGUCUUUGCUAGGACCUUAAUCAACAUAAAGAUAAUAAUUUAUACCUAAUUAUGUAAAUUGCCUUGUUAAGGUGACAUGUGAUUGGUAUGUUAGAUUGCUUGUUUCCUAUUUAAGUAGAAAUCUUUCCUGCCUCAGUUUCCAAAGAUAGGUUUGGCUGGUACUUGACAGAUUUGUUAAGAGGAACAAUUCUGGAGUUACAUGCCUGGUAGACAGGCCUUGUUAAUUGAAAAGUAACUUACUGUAGUUUUUCUUCCCAAAAUAUUUACUUUCCUAAUUCCCAGAGAAAUUGUUCCUUUUCUGAAAACAUCAAAAAACUAAGUUAUGUUGUUGUAAAGUAAUAUAAAGUAGUUUGUCUCAUUUCUAGAGGAGAAGGCCUUGUUGGAAAUAAAAUAAAUUGACUUGUUUCACUAAUAAAAGCUUCCAUGUACUCUUUU